GACCUACGGUGGUUUUGUGACGUGAGCUAGCUAGCAAGAAAAGGCCUGCCCUAAAAAAAAACUAGAUCUUGUGAAGGCUGAAAUUGAGGUUGAAUUUAAACUUAAAUUCGACUCCAUUAAAGAUAACAGAUUAAUAUAUUGUUUGAAUCUGUUGGAGAUAACAAUUUACAGCAGAAUGUCUACAUUUGGACCUCCAAAGAAGAAGGAAACGACUUCGAACAAUAAAGACAGCAGGGGAAAAUCUACCAAUCAAGCAGGCGAUGGAAAACGCACGGGGAGUUCUGGGGGAGCUUUCGGGUCUGGAGCCGCUAAACCCUCGCAAAGGCUAAAUCCUAAGACAGUUGAUCCAUUCACAAACCAGAAAAAGGCGAAAUCAGCAUUUGAGACUGUGUAUGUCAGUGGAGGGGUACCUUGCAGGCUAGUGCAUGGUUCAGUGAAGCAUAAACUUCAAUGGGAAAGUAACCCAGAAGAUAUUCCUUUUGAUCCAGUACUGCUUACACUAGCAGAGGGUUUGAAGGAAUUCAAACAUCCAUACCAGUUUGUGGCUCAGCAAGGUUUCAAAGAGUUGCUCCAAGUAUCAGAUGCAGAUAUAAAAGCUGUACCCCUUCUCUCCAAGCUUAUUCCACCGCUCCGUGCAGCCUUGGGUUCAAGCAAUGAUUCUGUAUAUCUUGGGGCAGUUGUUGCAUUAGUUGACCUCAGUAGAGCAGUUGGUCCUCAUCUUAACUCACAUCUCAAGUCAGUACUUUCCUAUCUAUCAAAGCACCAGAAUGAUAAGAAGUUCAAGGAAAAAAUUUACUCAGCUCUACAAGAAAUAGAACAAAACUGUGGAAGGGAGAGUGUACCUAUAAUCAAGUCCAAGAUUCCAACCUAUACAUCGAUUACCUGAACUGACUAAUUCAAGAGAUGUUGGUAUCAAAGAGGAUUCCGUCCCUGCAAGCUUGCAGUCUGAGGCAAUAGCUUGCUUGUUUGCCGAUAUUUAUUUUAGAGCAUGUACAUAUAGUAUCACUAUACCGAGUUUGUAUUCUUUAUGCUUUGAAAUACAUGUAUAAUGAAUCUGAAAAUAAUGCAAUCAUAUCCUAGAGCACUUUGUGGGGGGAGCCUUUAAACUCAAUUGAACUUCAACACCAGUUUGAAACCGAGUCACGCCUUUUGAAUAUGACAAUAAAAUGUUAGGCUCAGGUUUAGUAUAUCACUUAUUAAAAAUAAAACCCAAUUGGGCAUUUUCACGGUAACUGACAUUACACGGCACAAUGUUUUCACACCUUUCAUUGUGUGUAUCUCAAAAACAACAAAUGAUGGGAUUUUGCUUUUGAUAGAGUUGAUAAAGUGAACCUUGCUGUAUACUCUGAUACUAAGUUUUCCUAUGUAACCACAUUUUUUUACGCAUCAGCAAGCAAAAAUGUGUCGGUAACUGACAUUACGCAAAAGGACAUGCAAUUUCAGGGUGUUCAUUAAAAUUGAAAUAUCUCAUGUCCCUGAGUAGAUAGAGUAAUAAUUUGAAUAUGUAAAUAUACCUCCAUUACUAGGUUAAGAUGUGUCAAAAUAUUAAACAAUUCGUUUUUGUCUUUUGGGGGCUAUGAUAAUUUUUCCACAACCAUGCUGGUAACUGACAUUACGGUAACUGACAUUACACUUAAUUUGCCAUAGAGAUAACACAUUGAAGUCAAAUGUGUAGAAUCAUUGCAUUGCAUCUUCUGUGCAGGGCUUCACAUUAAAGUGAGCUUGAUGUGGAAGUAUACCAAAGUUUCUAGGAACAUUUCAAUGAAAAAAAAAAAAUCUUUUUCUUAAUUCCUUUCUUUGAUUUGAACAUUUUCAUCAUUACUUGUCGGUAAUUGACAAUACACAUUAACAUUUACCAGUGCUAUAUGAUUUUCAAAGGCAUAAUUUUCUUAUUUUCUUCACAUUUUUAAUUAUCAAAAGAUAAGAAAUGUAUGUUUUACUUACUCGGGGGGGGGGGGGAGGGGUCAUAGCAGCUACAUGUUUUCCUAUAGUAAUUUAAUAUUGCAUUGACUGUACACAUGGAUUUUUCUGACUAUACACCCAUAAUAUAUUCAUCAGUUUUAUAUUGACUUUUUAAACCUUUUCCUUCUCCAACCUCCCCCUCCCCUCAAAAAAGGCAAAAUGAAUAAGGGUCUCCUCCCCUAGGCUACACGUACCCCUCCCCCGAAUCUCAUGCAGCCAUGUAGUUUUAUUGAUUUCUAUUCUGGUCAGUGCAAGCAAUGCUUGUUCAUAUCUGUCGGAUUUCAAUUCUCUUCAUAAUUUGUUUAAUCAUUUUCUUUGCUAAUUUCUUUUUUAAGCUGUCAACAAAAAAUAAACUCCAGCUUCUAAACUGAAACUGAACUAUUUGUAAAUUAGAAAAAAAAAAAAGUUUUAGUAGAUCCAUGCAACAUUGAUCAGAACUGUCAAAUUUCACUUUUCAUCUAUACUUGUAAACCAAAAACAAAAUUGUAUCACACAUCCACACUACUACCAGGUAUAAAAACCAGGAAUUUACUUUUAGCGAGGCAAUGCUAAAAAAAAUCAUAGAAACUAAAAAAACGGACCCUGGAAAUCCCCUUCAUCACAAUGUUAAGCUUAAAAAAUGUUGCAGAUUUAGGCAAUAGGUUGGGAAAAGUACCCCCUACCCCCCCCCCCCCCCGAAAACCAAACAAAAAAUUGUCUGAUACAAACAAAUAGGUACUUGGUAAGUGCAUGUACAAAACAAAUUCAUAGUAAUUUUUUUUUGCACGAUGGGAAUGCAACUUCCUUCAUAAUUUCAUAUAGUAUUCCUAGUGAACUAUACCUUUUAAAAGUCAAUAGCAAGCUCCUUCUGGUGUGACUUUUAAAGUGAAAGACUUAAAUAACAAGUAUGCAAUAUUUCUUCACCAUAAAAUUGACCACAUAUUUGCAUUUCAAUAUUGGUAACCAACGUUUUAUCAUGGUAACUGACAUUACAUCUCGGUAACUGACAUUACAUUUUCCACUUGGUAACUGACAUUACAUAUAUUUAAUGGUACCCUAUGGCUUCAUUGUUAAUUGGUAAUCUUUAAUUUUGGUGUAGAAGGGAGGGGUGUUACCUAGAGAGGAAAUCUACCAAGUUUCAUAUAAUAUAUCCUUUUUUCCAGGAAAUGAGAAAAAAAAGUUCAUGUUUUCGGUAACUGACAUUACAUACCAUAUCACAUACUUCAUCAAUGUCUUUUUAUCAGAUGAAUGAAUUACUGGUAUUUCUUUCUGUGGGAUUUUAAAAAGUGUUAUAAUAGCAAGCUAAAUCACAGGCGAAAACAUCAUGAUCAAACCUGUUCUUUAAAAAUCUGUCAAAACAAAAUAUGUAUCAAUAUACUAUUUUCAACACUAGUUUGUAUCCAUACUUUGGCAGCCAUUUUGAAAUAAAAAAUGGCUGCCAGAGUCAGAAAAAAAUUUUGUCUCACAAACUUCAGGUCUUGUUUUAUUAAAACAUUUGACAUGAAUAUCAACUUGAUUUUUUCGCCUCUGUGUCCAUCUGUGGUGAAAAUGCCCAAUUGCAUAUAUGAAACAAUGUCAUAUUCAGGCCACCCAAACAUUUUAUGAACUAUACUAGUUACAUUUAUCACACUAAGCCAAUGAAUUGGUAAAAACCUAUCAAGAAUUGAUGUUGAUGCAUUGUACAGUAAUUGGUUGCUAAUGACAAAGUUUUGUAUUUGUAUGACUAUAACAUGUAUAAUCAAAAUAGUUCAUAAAUUGUGUUCUGUACAACACUAAUAACCAAAAGUGUCAGAAGAAAGUUCCUUCACCUACAUGUAUCAGGAACCCCAGCCCCUAGUUCUUGUGACUGUUGGUUUCACAGUUUGGUUAUUAUGUAUGUUUGUUUCAAAUAUAGAGUGUAAGGAAGUAUUCAGGAAUGAAGUCAGCCUCAGUUAUCCAGUUAGAACAGAAUACAAGCCAAGAGUGCUGAUUUAGAAUCACAAAGCCAUAGACAUACUGUACUAUAGGUAUUCCCCAAAUGUUUGUUUGGUGUCAUGAAUAUGUAAAUUCUUCAUAUUUAGAUAUUUCUUUGUAAUUGUUGAAAAAGAUUAUUUCAUAUGUCAUAAUAUAUGUGAAAUUAUUAACAAUGCAGUUCUUAGAGAUAUAUCCAAGAUUGUAAUUAUGCCAUCCUUGUAUGCCUUCUGAUAUUCAUGUUAUGUUUGUCAUAAACACAUGUAUUUAACUGAAAGUACCAAACAAUAGAUUUCAUUGUGUUCAUUUUAUGUAGUCGAUCAACUCAAUAAAUUCAAUUUAAAUAUCAUUCCUAAAUAAUGUACUAAUAAUACAAGUACCAGCUGAUUACAGAGCAAAAAACUUUGUCGUGUAAGUGAAAACGUGCAUAUUCAAAGAACUUUGAAUACAGUGAUAGAUCAAUAGAGAGGUUAUAUUCAUCAAUCCUUUGAUAAGCCUAGCUUAAUCACCCUGGGGAGUUUCACAAAGAUUUUAGUGUGACUUGUGUCGCUCUUAAAUUCCUGGUAGCAUGCGGCAAUAUUUUGUGCUCGUCUGUACUUAAGGCGUGUCACACUUACUGUAACUCUUUGUAAAAAGAUACCACCCAGGAAUUUUAAUUUAGUUUAAUAAUAGGGGUUAAGAGUCAUAUGAGCAGGACAAGUCUUUUCUUCUACCUUUUUUUUUCACUCCUUAAAAAAUUAUAUUGGGGGCAGUCACCCCGACCCCUAAAGCUGAUCACAUAAUUGUGUACAGUAAGGCUGUGAUCAAUGCAAUUAGUCGAACUCUAGCUUAUUGAAAUUGUAUGAAUGUGCAGUCUGUAUGUUUCAUAAAGCUUUUAAGUUGGGUCUGUCAACUGGUGGCAAGUUCUGCUAUAAAUAAGAUUUUUCCUGGUAUUUCAGAAGAGAAGACUAAAUUUCAUUUAACCCUCAUCAAAUUUUGCAAUAAAUAAACUUUGCAUUUAGAUACCAAGAAGUUAAUCUACAAAGAAGAGAAAUCACCUUCAGCUGGUGAAAAUUAAAUCUAAUUUUUCAUAUUGGAGCAAUUUCAGAAGGGGGGGGGGGCUAUUUCUUUCAUUUGAAGGGCUACUUUUAGGGGUAAAAAUAAUUAUGCAGUAAAAGCAAAUAUUAUUCUUCUGCCACAGUUAGAAUGUUGAUUUUUUAAAUUAAUAUUCAAAUAUUUUUUGGAACAGAAUUUGGGGCGACUAUAGAAAGAAUGGUAUGUAUUUGGGGGAAUUUUAGAGGUGAUUUGGGCCGUUAUGAGGGCAAAGUCGCCCGUCACUCAUAUUUCCUACGCUGUUGAUAACCUUAUUAAAAGGCUAGUUACAUAUGUUGUGGAUAAGAGUAAUGUUGAUUAUGCCUGGUUCCCACUACGGGACUUUAAAUUUAUCAAAUUACUUUUUAACUUGGUCAGUUUAAUGCGAUGAUAGGAUAGAUAUCAAUAAUUCAGGUCAAAACUACCUUAAUCUGCCUCCUAUACCCAUAUUUCAAACAUUCCAAAUAUUCAUACAGGGAGACGUAACGAUGUGAAUUAGUCGACUGAUCCCAAUUUAUACUGACAAAAAAGACAACCCAAGCCAAAAAAUUUACUUGAUCGUGGCUGAUUGAGAUGAGAGAUCAGGAGUGGAACCUAGCAUAAAUUAUUGUUAACUCUUUGCAUGAAAUCAAUGGAUAAUUCCAAUAGUUGUAAGAAGACACUAUUUUCAUUUGGAAUUCUUUAUUACUUUGUAACUUGUGAAUUAUUUUAUGCUUGUAUAAUAAAUUGUUAGAAUAUUAUGUAGCAAACUUGAUAAAUAUGGCCUACAUAUGUAAAGUAAGAGUCUAAUAUUCUACUCUUUCAGUUGUCGUUGCAAUAAAGUUUAUUACAAAGUACAUACCUUGAAGAA